GCCGACAAGGUGGCGAGCGCGUUGGACGGCCAGCUGAGCGACCUUGAGAAUUUCUUGAUGGCCAGCGAGAUCCAGCUUCAGGAGAGCAUCGAAGAGGCGACCUCGGACUUCGAUGGCAAGAUCAACGAGAUCAUCAAGGCCAUGACAGAAAAGGCGACCGA